UGACGUCACAUAUUUUUGACGGGGGGCAGGCAGCGGGAGAAGAAGGGAGCGGAUGUUCCUAAAGUCAAGGAUGCCCAGGAUAAUGUCACCGGUUUAUUCACUCUCCCACCUUUCUGUAUCAUGAUAAACGCUGCUGGGGCGGUCGCCCGCAGGAUGCCGUCGGUGGCCCGGCGGAGCGGAUGCUGGGUAGCGUGGUGCCAGGCGGUCCUCCUCGGCGCGUCGGCGCUGGUUAUUGUGGCCGAACGGAGCGCUCUGAUCUACUGUAUAGGGUUUUACCUUUGGAAUGAGGAGACGCAGUGGGCGGGCCUCACUCUUGGCCUCUUUCUACCGGGGACAGCAGUUCAACUGCUAAGUAUGAAAUGGUACUAUGAUGACGGUGAUGACAGGCGAUGCUACCUCUCUGUAAUACACAUACUUCACUUGGGCAUCUUCAGAAGGUUAUGGGACUGCAUGAGGUCUAUGUUGCGUAUGCAGGACUCCGUUGCCGAGCUUGGAGCUGCUGUGAUGCAGCAGGCAGAUGUUGCUGCUCUUUGGCUGCUGGAAGCCCUCGUCCUCACACUGCCUCAGAGCCUGCUGCAGGCAUAUGUCGUGGUGUCCACUGAUGUGGGCAUCAUGUCCCCAGUGGCCUAUUGCUGUGGUCUGUGUAUUCUGUCUAUUUCCUGGGCUCUGGUGCUGUACAGCAGAGCCUGCUGUCUGAUACGACCGGGCCACCUGGCCAUGCCUCCAGCAGCCCUGCUAUGCCAGCUGGUGUGGAGGGCAGGCAUGCUGGGUGCAAGGGUGACUUGCCUCAUGUUCUUUGCCAGGGUCUUUAACUGGUGGGUCUGUGGAGUAGCAGGUUUCCACUGGCUCACGGCCUCCUUCUGGCUGGUAUCACAGCAACCAGACAUCUGCACUGGCCCUUGGUGUUGGCGUGCCUUUAAUGGCAUCAUGGGGCUCGUCCAUGUCUUCCUCUUCCUCAACGUCAAAGACGGGCCCUCGCGUUUUCGCAUGGCCAGUUUUUAUGCAUUCAUGCUGGUGGAGAAUGCCACUCUGCUGCUGGCCGCCUCCGACUUCCUUAGCGAAGCAUCAUGGGAUAGCAUGACCCUUCCCACCACUGUGCUGUGUAGCUUUCUCAUCGGCGCUACCUCUCUUGUCCUAUACUACCGCUUCCUCCACCCCAAGUCAACAGAGAUCUCCCAGGGUACAAACCACAACCACAUGGGCAGCACAUGUAUAGAACGAGGGGAGUCCUCCUUCUCUCUUGGGGACAAAAGCCUGCCCGCUCCCUCCAUGCAAAACCACGGCAGCUUCUCCCUCUCAGGUGUGGCUGGCUCUCUGCUGGAGCACCCAGGAACCUGUGGGGACCGGCCUAACAGCUCCUGCCCUUGCUACCACCACCACUGGUUCCUAAUCCGGUUGGCUCUGAAAACAGGAGACCUGGGGAAGAUCAACAGAGCGUAUGGGGCCGGCGGAGCAGCAACCAUACUGGACAUGGAGGAGUACAACCAAGAGUUUAAGAGUAACGAGGGCAUCACUAUCACAGCAGGAGGCAGCUGCGGGGGUGUCUCCACCUCUGAGUCUCAGGGGAAAGGCCUGGCACCUCUCUCGGACUGCAAAGACGAGUUCCAGAGCGUGAGCGAGCCCACAUCAACCGAACAACCUGAAGAAGAGGAUGACAGUCUGGAGAUGGAGAGCCCACUGGAGUCACCUACAUCAGAUUUCAAACGUAGCUCACCAGAGGGUAAGUCUGUGUUUGGAGACAGUCCGGAGCAGUACUUCUGCCCUACAGAGUCAAGUUCAACCUUAUAUUUCAGCGCUGAUCCUCAGUCUCCCAGCAGUGCCAGUAACCCCCGUUUAGACCGGGACAUUUGGGGUCUAGAACAGGGAGUGCGCCUCAACUCAAUCCCCAGCGACCCAGCCCUUCAGAGAGAUAUACGUGGGCUCAUGAGCCAGGUUGGACCCCGCUGUACUUCCACUCCUAAAUUAGACUCUGGAGUGCUGGACUCCUCGUCUAGUGCCCCUCAUCUCACAGGUCCCAGGAGGCAGCUCAUAAUGUCCCGAAGAGAUGAAGAAGAUAACUUCUAGCUUUCUCAAGAGAGAAUCAGGGAACAGCAACUUAUCCAACAUUAAAGGAGUACACCAGCUUUUUGGAAGGCUGCUUUUUCAUCUGCUCACUGCUGUAGGAUGAGAAGCCUGGCAGAAAUUUCACCUCUUUAUGUCAGUAUAUGCAACAAUUUUGGGAUUGUGCUAAGCUAGCCUGUGCUCUUCUCAAAUCAUAAACUAUUUUCUAAAUGUUGGACACACAGAGGUGAAACCUUCAGCAGUGUUUUCAUCAGACAUGACGAAGCUAAUUAAAGAGCUAAUUGGCCACAAAGGUGGUGUAUGGAGCUCAGACACACCUUCUACCUGACAUCCAUUAAACAUUUCUUCAGUUCUUUUGGCAGCAAACUUAAGCCUCAAGAAUCAUACCGUGCAAAAAAAGUGAACACUGGUUCUGCUAGAUUGUAAUUACAUAUUAAAGAAGUAGCCAUGAGUUAGAUCAAAACAUCAUAAGAAAUUAGCUGCUUUUUUAUGAUCUCGGACAACUGAUGAUCUCUAUAUUACAUACCGAAACUGCUGUUGUUCAUGUUGUUGCCAGCAGUUAUGAAAUAUAGAAAUGAUUCCUAGAGAUCUAAAAGGGACAGGAGUGUCUGACCUCUGAAUCUUUACCAUCUCAGUGCAAGCCAGAGCUUUGUUGGCUUCUUGAAAGCACAAGUAUCUUCUGUACCAUACGUCUAUUGCUGUGAAAUUUUUUGUUAUUCCCAUUAAAGAAAACAAAUCCCUGAUCCCCUCAGAGAAUAAUAUUCUGCAUUUUUUUUGUAUAAUCAUGUCAACUGGCAUUGCUUUGAGCAGGGCUAGUGUGUCAACCUGGCAAAACUGUGUUUGAUGUUUUAACUUUAUUUACAUGUUGACCAUGUAAUUGCUAAAAUGUUUUUUGAAUUUACAUUAUGUUGGGGGGGAAAUAAUGUCUCAGGCACUGACUUAAAAAAGCUUUCAACUGUCUAUUGAAAAGAUGCUUAUGAGGUACUUGUAGUGACUUUUUAUGUGCUCUUGAUUGUUAUUUGUAGGGAGCAAAUGCAUUUUUGCUCAUUGCUGUUCUGUAAAAGGGGUGAAAUCCACUAACAAAGCAGUGAAAUGAUGCUGGGUUUUCUCUUGCACCCAGGUGACUGCCUAUAUGAAAUUUUGAACUGUGAAGUGCAAGGCCACUGGUGGCUUUAAAUAAGCAAUAAAUAGCCUACAUAUUGGGAUGAGUGGAA